AUGAGGCAUAUGGAGAUGUUGUUGCGGGAGGGAAAAGAUUUGCUAGAUCCAAAAUUUCACCAGAAGCUUGCUGAUGAUUUUAAUCGUGCUCCAGGUCGUGUUGAAAAUAAACCCAUACAAAUCCAGCAGGUACGACGGUGGUUCCUAAAUAGGUAUAAGCUUCAUAAAACUGAGGAUGCUACCUCACGAAGUUCUUCAAAAGAAAUGAGUCCCGAUGGCGAGGAAAGCUUGACACUCAAUGUAUCCCAGAGUUCUGAUUUGCCUGAAGAGAAUGGAGAAAAAGUUUCCGAAGAAGUGGAAAUGGAAUUUGAGGCCAGGUCAUCUAGAGAUACGGCGUGGUAUGAUGUCUCCACCUUUCUUGCUCAUAGGGUUCUCAGUUCUGGAGAAGUUGAAGUUCGUGUGAGAUUCAACGGGUUUGGUCCCGAGGAAGAUGAGUGGGUUAAUGUCAGGAAGUCUGUACGUGAGCGCUCAAUACCAAUGGAGUCUUCUGAAUGCUGGAAGGUUAAAGAAGGAGAUAUUGUUCUCUGUUUCCGAGAGAAAGAUGAAGCUGCCAAGUACUUCGAUGCUCAUGUUGUGCAAGUAGAGCGAAAAAUGCAUGAUAUAAGGGGCUGCAGGUGCAUCUUCUUGGUACGAUAUGAUCCUGAUCAGACUGAGGAGAGAGUUCACCUUAGUCGAUUGUGCCGCAGGCCGUGAUAUUGUUUGCAUUGAUGUUAUUGUAGAAUGCAAUUUCGUUUUCUCACCAUAUGAGCUUCAUGCUUGACAAAGAAAACCAUUGAUUUCUUUCUGCAUGUUGCAGAUGUAACUAAUCUGUUCAGGUUGAUUAGGUUGCCAUACUGGAUCAUGCUAUGUAGCAUGCUCUAAUAUUUGUACUUAACCUCAGAAAAUAGCUUCGUCUUCUUUUUUUUUUUCUUUUUUGUUCAAUUUUAUUUUAUGUUUUGGCUUUUUAAUGCCAGGAUGCUAUUGUGCCUAGAACCCUAGGAUGAUAUAGCAGUUUAAAUGUUACUAGUCUUUUUA